AGCUCUCAGUCGAGCAGGAAGUCUUCUAAAGUCGCAGAGCAUGAUGAAGUGGACAAUCUUUGCCUUGGCAGUGACGUUGGUCAUCUCUUCAGAAGUUGUGUCUUCUAAGGUCAGAGAAAGGUCUCCAAGGAGGUGGCUGGAAAGAGAGGCUCGAGCAUCAUGGACACUCAAUGAACCAAUGUUGCAAGUUCGACGGGAUAAGCUGCAUGUGUCUCUGCAAGGACCGCCUGGAAUCAGGAAAGUUUCUUUUUACAUGAGCCUCAACGAAAGAUUCUCCAGAUUCAGAGAUGCUCAGUAUAAAUUCAGGCUCAAAUGCGAUGCAGCAAAGUUCUGCCAGAGGAGAGGAGGUCCCAUCCUUCAAGAAGGUGAUGUGGUGUAUUACGGAAUGAAGGCCAAGAUUCGGAAGACACCACUGCAAAAAUUCCUUGGAAGAAUCUGGAUACCUUUCCCCCUGUCCACUACUACUGGGCCAACAGAAUCUCCUGUUUUGUCUUGCAGCGCUCUCCUCCCAACGGCAGCGAGCGGAUGUGCCGAAUUUGCUUACAACACUAGCUAUGGGUACCCAACACUAGGAAGUGGCCGCAGAAACCCAGAGCGUGGUUUUUACAUUCACACGGAAACUAAAGCUUCCAGUUGGUCACCUGUCGUGCUAGAGCCCCUGAAUCAAUGGGUCGACCAAGGCAUCACGCUCAUUUACAGGGUUUACGUCCUAGACACGUUUGUCAACACCAACAUCAGCGAUGACAUUCUGCAGAAAAUAAGACAAGAUUUUGUAGACAUCAGAAGUGCAGGCUUGAAGGUACUAUUAAGGUUUUGCUACAGUCUAAACGCAUCGAUCAUCGAAGACGCUGCUCCUUUGCAGUUGAAGAAGCACAUUGAACAGCUUGCUCCCAUUUUACAGGACCACGUUGGCGUGAUAGCCCUGAUGCAGGCUGGCUUCGUGGGCGUGUGGGGUGAGUGGUACUACACAGCCAACUAUGGCAAUGAAGGCAACGUAUCUCUAGCAGAUUAUGAGAACCGACGACAGGUGGUGUUUGCCCUUUUAGACGCCUUACCUAAAUCCAGGCAAAUAGAGCUGCGUACACCGAAUUAUAAAAGGAAAAUUCUAGAGAGACUUUCGCCUGUUACUUCAGCUGAGGCAUAUACAGAUGCCAAGGUUGCUAGGAUUGGCCACCACAAUGACUGCUUCCUGGCAUCGGACACGGAUUUUGGGACCUACAUAGACAAGGCUGAUGAAUACCCUUACCUUAUGAACGAAACGAUGUAUGUGUCACAAGGGGGAGAAUCUUGUAACCUCAAUUCACCAAGGUCUGACUGUGUUACUGCACUUAAGGAACUUCAGGAGCUUCACUUCACUUAUUUGAAUUCGAGGUAUUAUCCAGAUGUGCUUCAGUCAUGGAGAACCCAAGGAUGCUAUGACACAAUAGACCAUUCACUUGGGUAUCGCCUUAUUGGCGUGUUUUCAAGAAUACCUCAGGUGAUGAAGCGUGGGACCAUUGCUACAGUUGGUAUCAAGAUAAUGAAUGUCGGUUUCUCUGCACCAAUCAAUUAUCGAUCAGCACAGAUCAUCAUCAUCAAUACUUCUUCAGGAGAGGAAUAUCAAUCACCUCUCCAGAGCGACUUUGACCUUCGACAUUGUCAUCCUGGAGUGUGCUUCUUAGAUGCCACCCUUUCGGUUCCCUCUUCUGCUUCAGCAGGUGACUACCAGGUGCUGCUCAAACUGCCUGAUGGUGAGAGCAGCUUGACAGACUUCCCUCAGUACAACAUCGUCGUCGAGAACCUGAAGAUCGAAGCAGACCCCCAGAGGAGACUCAAUCUCCUGGGCUCAACCACCAUCGUAUCAGCCAACUAAAACUUAGGGGGGCCUUCAGAAAGUCUCGCCCACGUUCUUUGCAACUGUGGCGAAUGUCAGAAGAGGAGAGGAAGGAGGGCAAAUAAGUUUAUCCGACGAACAUAUCGAUCAGAAAAUGUAAGAGUCACCUUUGCCAGUCACGACCGGAUCAAAACAAGAAAGGAGUUACUACCUAUGGCACAUCAUUGUUUAUGAAGGAAAACUGAAACAAAAACAUGAAUAAAUUUGCUUGCAUCAUA